AUGCCACAAGAGUCACAGUAUAACCAUGCUUGGGCAUGGAUCCAAACUUCAGGGUUCAUCCAUGUUACACAGAGAGAGAGAGAGCACAUGAGAGCACCAUUCUCGUUGUUGUCCCAAGGCAUAGGCUGGAAAUGCGAGCAGACGUCUCUCACUGUCUUGAAAGACAACGAACAAGCGCAGAGGUGCUAUGCGAAAGCAGGAUUCUGCCUUGCAUCUAGCGCUGCCGCGAGCUGGGGCCGAAAGACGAAGCAUGUCUGGUCGGAAUGGCAGAAGCUUCGCAAGGUCCACAAAUCUGCCUUGAAGAAGCCCGCAAAGUGA